GUUCACAUUUCUUAUCUAGGCAGUGUUCAUUGCAGUGGCACAGUCCUGAGUCUAAGACAUAUUUUAACAGCAGCCCAUUGUUUUAUUAACAGUGCAGGUUCCAAACUCAGCAUUGAUUUCAUCAAAAUGGCCAUGCUUAUAAAAACUGGUAAACAUAAUGUAUUUGCUACUGAACCACCACUUGAACAAAACCGGAAAAUUCAAAGUGUAACAAUUCAUGAUGAUUUUAACGCAAUUACUUUAGAUAAUGAUAUUGCGAUUAUCACACUUGAUUCUCCACUUCAGUUUAACAAUCAUACACAUCCAAUCAAUCUCCCAACUGACACAUUUGAACAGACAAGAAGACGGGUAAGGAAAGGUCUUUGUAGAGUCAUAGGAUGGGGAGCUACUGAUCCUUUAAGACUGAAUCAAAUGUCAGAUGUUUUGAUGCAAGUGGAUAUUAACCUUCAGAGAAAUUGUACUCUUACACUAAAUUCAGACCGAGAAAAAGUAACAGACAAUAUGUUCUGUGCUAGUGCUAAAAAUCCCAAUAAGACCCAUGGUUCUAUCAGACUAGAUUCUUGUUUUGGUGAUUCUGGGGGACCUUUAAUGUGCAAGGAGGGGGACAAAUGGUACCAGCAUGGCAUAGUGAGUUGGGGUCCUAAUUCAUGUGGGGAACAAUCUGGAGUAUAUGUCAAAAUAUCAAACUAUUUAGAUUGGAUCAAAAGUGUAAUUUCAACUCCUGGGGGCUGGGGAGAGUUCAGUGGAUAUUCACCGUGUUCAGUAGCAUGUGGAGGUGGAACCCAGUCCAGGGUGAGAGUCUGUACAAACCCUGAACCCAUUGGGAAUGGUGAAUGUGAUGAUUAUAGCUUCAAGACAGCUGGUGGUGACUUUGUGCAGGUAGAAGAUGUGGAAUGCAACAUGAACAUGUGUGGUUGAUCACAUGAACUGCCAAUCUGAACAUAAAAGGAGCAUAUAUCAUUUAAAUAAUGUUCAUGAUAAAAGUGAUGUCAUACUGGAAA